AUGUCUAAAAACCCCAAGUUUGAAUAUGAUGCAAAGCAACCUGCAUUUCUCCAGAAGCUCCGGGGCCAGUAUGGGGACAACAGCGGUCGCUUGGAGCGCCCUGCCUUACGACCGACCAGACUCAAGGUCAAUGACGACGACGACGAUGACGAGCCUACCUACCUCGACGAAGAAAGUAACGAAGUGAUUUCCAAGGAGGAAUACAAGGCAUUGAUUGGUGAAAGCGGCCCAAAAGAAGAGGACACGGCCGGCAACUCAAAGGACAAAUCCACUGGCGAUCAGGAGAAAUCCCAAACAGAACAUUCCACCGGGAAACAGAACAACCUCACUGAGGUUGGAGGCCAGAGGAAACGAAAACAAGCCAAGGUUGUGGGUGAAGACAAUGCAGAAGCCGAAGAAGUCCAGCCCAAGGCGACUUCGAAGAAAUCCAAGAAGCCCAAGAAGAUCAAGCUCUCCUUCGAUGAGGAAUGA